UUUUUGUUUGAUACUUAGGUACGGCGUAAAUCAUCGUUCUUCUCCGGAAAUGAAGCUACAGACGCUCCUAGAAUCAAUUACCUUGACGUCGUUUUAGCUGUGUAUCUGCUAAAUCUUGUUCGUGUGCAAAGUUAGCCGGGGCAGAAGUUCUUUAUGCGCUUCUAACAAUGUUGAUCAGGCGCCAUCACCAAGAAUAUUUUUGAAAGCGCUCUUGCACUAUAGUACUUUCACUUUACUACAAAAUAAAGGCCUGCUCACGACUUUCCUGUUCGACGUCGCGGAAUAGAAUUACCCUCUCGACGAAGUGUCCAAGGACCGAACACAGCGAGAGGCAAAGGCAAAGACGUCCAGGACGAUCGGCAGCCCCGAGAACCAGCACGAGAAGAAAGAUCAAGUCGACGUCUAUCAAAUGUAAAAAUGUCUGGGUCUGGAAACUUGUGAUGCUGGGUGGCGUCUCAUGAUGAGGCCACAAAUGCUGGCUCAGCAUGACAAGUUUCUGGGCUUCUAGGUGUUGCCUAUUCUGCAUGACAAACUGCGCUUCUGCAUCACAGAAAAGCGGAGCUCUUGGGUGACGUGCAUGACAGAUUUCAGAGUUAUGCCAGACAAGCAUGACAAACCUGCAUUCUUCCAGACCCAGACAUUUUUACAUUUAAUAAGCGAGGAACAAAGACCAAAGACGUCCAGGACGACCGGCCACCCCGAGAACCAGCACGAGAAGAAAGAUCAAGUCGGCGUCUAUCAAAUGUAAAAAUGUCUGGGUCUGGAAGAAUGCAACUUGUGAUGCUGCAUUUGGAUUCCAAAAAAAUCUGUAUUGCAUGAGUACCAAAGAGAAUGCAACUUUUGCUACGCGGAGAGGGCAUUUGUCAUGCGGAAUAGGCAUCAAGAAGCUCUCAAAAAAUCUGUGAUGCUAGGGCAUGCAUCACAGACAUCAUGGCUCAUGCAAACCGUGCAUGACAAGUCUCAGAAUCUUCCAGACCCAGAAACUUUUACAUUUGAUAGCACAUGCGAUUCUAGCACAGCUUCUCAAGCACGUCCACGCGAUACGAACCUGCUAUCAUAUGAAAAUAAAUUCGAUCGCGACCACCUCUGUGUCUGGAAGCUAAAGUUGGAACGUUCUUAUUUCCUUUGCCUGAGCCUAAAAGAAAUUUUGAGGCAUGAUUCUACCACGUUCGGUGUGAACGAAAGUGUUUCGUAGGAUUUUAUUGUUUUCACGUAGCUCUGCUACUUACAGCGCUGAUCUUCAACCUUCCCUUUGGGAUAGGGAUUAGAAUUUUACUUUCCAAUAGAAGUAGCACCUACCUACGCAAUUGCCGACAAGCGCAAAAACUCGUGCCUACUGCAUGAUUCAUGCAGCAGGAGCUUUCUGCCAUUAUUCAACUCCUUUGCCUUUCCAGACCCAGAGCGGUCGGGAGGUAGUUCUUUGCGGUUGAUAGAGGCCACACCGGGAGGACAAAAAAUCUUGCAGAAGCUGCGCUACUUCAUCCACCAAACCGGGGGGGACAGCGAGGACGCCGAAGUAGAAAAGGUAUAUUGAGAAGUAGGGAUAAACUUUUGCGUCAUUCGAUGCAAUAUCACAACUGAGAGUGUAUAUGUUUCUGAGUAAAAAGCAACGUAACGAAUGCCUUGUUCCGAGAGAAAAAGAGGUUUUUCUUCUUUCGCUGUCAACAAUGUCUAGACAUAACCUUUCCAACAUUCAGAAAGCAUAUAUAUCGAACUACUCUGCAACAGACCGACCGGUGCCACACCGGUGGAAGAUAGAGUGAACAUUUACAACCGACGUGCGAAAGGAGAAGAACUACAGAGACGAAGACGCACACUGGACCUGUCGAAGAACCCGCGCGACCGGGUGGAGAAAAAAUUUCGCCGGAAAUUAUAAAAUCAGGAUGAAGCUUGCCGUCAAGGCGCUCAAGUUGGUCCUGGUCGCGCACGGCUUAUUCGGUGAAAAGUAAGUCUCUCCCUCUCGAGGCCGGGAAGAACUUUCAGCUACGUGGUAUCCGAUUGUUUUGCAUCAAGAGCAUCAGCAGCAGUUCCGUGGCCGCUGUAUAGAACACCGCGAACAAAAGCGGAAAACAAACGGCGCAAAAACCCAGUACUAUAAACAUACUAAUUCAUGGCCGUUGUUUGAUUUACAUUUCAAACUGAAACUGUACUAUAAUUUCCUGUAUUACUAGUAAGGAGAUUUUUUGCAUUUCUUGUUUGUGCUUUGAGAAUAGUAAACCCGUAGGGGCGCCAGUGGGGGAGAUUUUUUCAACUUUACUACACGUGACUCCUCCCGGGCUCGUGUCACGAGGAGAAUUUUCGGUCCUCCAAGUCCAGGCCGUUCGGAAGGAAUCGCUAUCCUAGAACAAAAAAGCUAGCAUGCCAUGUUGUGCGGCGUAAAUGAAAAAUGAAUGCACGACCCAAAGCGAAAGGGAUGAAAAGGAAAAUUUAGGCUGCGUGGGGGUCUGAGUCAGAUGCUCAAGAUUCGCUUAUGAUACUGCCCUCUGUGCUUGGUUUUCAUCCUCUGUUUGGUAUGGGUAUGAAUAUGGUGUGCCAGCUUUUUUCUGUGUGAUGAUGGAAAGCGGAAACUGAAACUGGCGGACGGUUGGACCCCUCGUUAACGCUCUGCACCAGUGAUCGAAAUCCACAAAGUUGAACAAUUAGUUUGUCAUGCAUGAAAUACAAGAACCCCCAAAAUAUCUGUAUCGCAGGGCAGGCAAGUAAGGGCGACUGUAGGCGUGUUAGUUUGGGGUUGCAGACAGAGCUACUAAAGUAGCACGGCAAGGGACCACUUCUUUUUUGCCCAGACAGCAACGUAAAUUGGAUUCCGAUGGCCGGGAAAUUUAUUGUCACGCGCCGCUUAAUAUAAAGUGACAGUGAGCUUCCAAGAACUGGCAUCCACAUCCAUUUUAUAGCAUUACGAAGCAUUUCAACUCUGUCGAUUACGAUCCUUUUCGCUUCCAUACAGUGGGCCCCAAAGCCCUCAACAAGCCCCAGUUUCCGCACCGCCCGCUGUGCAGGAUCAUCGCCAACCAUCAUUAUGGAAUCGCGCUAAGGGCGCAGGAGUCGGUGGUCUCUUCACGUGGGUGAAGAACAAAGUUUUCCCAGGAACUCCACGCCAAACCGUGCAGGGGGACCAGGACUCUCGUGCCUUGGUGGCAGUCGGACACGAAGCUACAAGUGCUGCUGCUGUCCAAGACCUCAUUAUCUAUCAAAGGGAAAAAUCCCCCCUCCCCAUAUCGAAACGAAGUUUCUGAUGCUGGAUUUGCGUACACAAAUCAGGUCUGUCUUGCUGGAGAGGACUGCAGGCAUAUGCCAAGCCUGGGUCGAGAGGUUUUGACGUAGGGGGCCAGCGUGACAGAUGUCGGCUCUGUAAGCCCAACAGCAUCACAAACCGCCUGCAUAAUGCGGCGGACUCUCUGGCUUUGCCUUCUUGCAAUACAGACAGGAUUUGUGCCCUCAAAUCUGCGUCACAAAUUUUCGGGCGAAUGCGUUUUCAAUAUGGGGAGGGGGGGGAUUUUUCCUCUCAAUAUUAUCACACGGAAGCUUGCUAGCCCACCAGAGUGUCAACGUCGAGCGAGGUGAUGAACGUCCCACAAAAUUAAUGAGCUUAUAAAGUUAAAGAAAGGGUGGAACAACAGCUAGAUGCAGAAGGAAAGCUCCAUAGAAAUCAGUAGUGGCGCGGAGGUUUUUUUUUUCUGUGCUGCCCCCCGACCUCCCAAGUUGGAGGUCGCACUGCAGCUGCCUCUACAACUACGUACUGGCAAGAGGAUCACUUUAUAUUUGUCGUUCCAGAUCAUGGAAGAACAAGAACGCCUUAUUUUUCGUGUCCUCGUCGAAAAUCAAAUGCAUUUUAUAUUAUUCUGAAAAACAUCUUGGACUGGUGGCUGUUUUCCGUAUGAUCGAGAGCGAAGACCCAGAUUGGACAUGCCUGCCCAUCACGUAUCAAAUGUAAAAAUGUCUGGGUCUGGAAGAUGGCAACUUGUGAUGCGGCAUGUGGAUUCCAAAAAAAUCUGUAUUGCAUGAGUAGCAAAGGGAAUGCAAUUUUUGCUUCGCUGAGAAGGCAUUUGUCAUGCGGAAUAGGCAUCAAGAAGCCCUCAAAAAAUCUGUGUUGCUAGGGUAUGCAUCACAGACGUCAUGGCUCAUGCAAAACGUGCAUGACAAGUGUCAGCACCUUCCAGACCCAGACAUUUUUGCAAUUCAUAUCACGCCGCUGCCGGAAACGCGAUUACGAAGGCCAGACUGGAGGUGCGUGAACGAGUUGUAUUCCACGAAAAAAGUCUUACAGUGACACAUUUGUUGUCGAUUCAGCAUACACGAGGACAAAUUUUCUCUGCAUGGCGAGAAAGAAUAAAACUUGCAAAUGCAAUACAGAGACCAGAAGGAAAAACACGUAUGAAACGAGGCUCCUCGAAAGCAUUUUGUGUAUGACAUCAGAGCUUGCCACUGUUGCUUGGUCUGCAACACAACGUGCAGCUGUUGCUGUAGCUGCACUUUUUUCUUUGCAUAACAAGGGCGUGUACUUUGACGUGGGAUCCUUAAACGGACUGAAAGUUGUACGGCACGCCCUGGAGCUGGAGCAUCAUCAAUGUUGGUUGGAACAAUGGGCUGUGACAAUGCCGAAUAACGAUGAACAUCAUCAUUGAAUGCGCAGUCAUGUUCGUGAUUUUUAGCACAUAGAAUAUUCGAAGCUAUCAAGAUAUCGAAAGUAACACGAAAUAAUUACCCACGGCACAAAGCUUGUAAUGUACUCCUCCCUCAGACUCAAUCUCAACUACGCCCAUUUGUCUCGACGUUUAGACAAAACGCCCCAACGUUGACCCCGACGUCUCAACUUCAGCACCGUUCAGAUUUCGGGGUUAGGAUCUAGGGUUUGUUCUGGUCGUCGGCCAGGGCAGACGCCCUGGCGGGCGAUUCUCUCCUUUGGCUGUGUUGCGCACCUUCGCCCCGGUUGCCGCGCCGGGCGAUCGUUGAGACGAUUGCUUGUCGCCCCACCAACCUGCCCCCUUCCCUUCCUGUCCAAUAUGAAGUUAUAAAUCUUGAAGCUUCGCGUUCGCGGAUUUUCGCCCCCGAUGUAAAUGAAAGUUUAAGACUUCGCGGCCUUGGGCACCGUAGGAUGCUUUGUUCUCUCUUUUACCCUGUCUGCGCUAGCAUUGUACGCGUGAGAAAGAUCAACAUCCAACGGGCGAACGCAUGCUGCUUCUUAGCCCCUGCAAUGAGCGGAGGGAGACAUAGCACGGCCGAGCUUUGCAGGGCUAGCCCCUAGCCUCCUUGCUUUGCAAAAUCAUUUUUACGCAAGAUUCGUCCCGAGCAUGCUGCAUCUGUUAUGUUUUACAAAGUAGGGCCCCGCUUCGCAAUUUGCCGCACUAUGUGCCUGCGGGGUCAGGCUCGCGCACCCCGCUUCCCUGAAGCUUCGAAAAGCCUCCGUGGGCUGCGCCUUUCUCUACGUGCGCAUGAGAUUCGUCCUCGAGCAGGAAAACAGAGCACGACACAAAAGCGUCGAAGACCAAUUUUGGGUCGCGGGUGGUCAUGCUGUUCGGGGAAAGAGGGUUCAGGCAUAAAGCUGUAAUAGUACAUUGUUCCUCCUGCAGUUGUUCCAGUUGCAGCUGAGCAAGGCAUAAGUUGACGUUGCGCUUGUGAAGCGGGAAAAGGGCUUUAUUGAAUUACAGAUCGCAAAUGUGUCUGCGUCUCGAAGAGCACUAUGGGGAAACAGUUGUCCAGUGGAGCAAAAAUGAUCCAGGUGUCGACGUUUGCAGAGUACUGGUGGGCGCCUCUGCAUGCGCAGCACAUGACCACACUGACAUACAGCCUCUGUGCAGGACUAGUAAUGCCGAAGCGCCUGUUCAUCUGUUCUGGCAUGACAGUUUUGUUAUGAUGACGAGUUUUUAGUAAGCAUGAUAGGAUCUUCAUCAUCAUCGCAAGUUCUUGGCAUGUUUGUGCUAAUAUUCCCAAACUCAGACAUGUAUGCAUUGCAUACGAGAAGCCGUUCCUUGAUUUCGUGCGAAACACCGUUGUGCCGGCUUUUGCUGUCGUCGCUGGUUACGCGGCGGCCGCCAAAGUUGUUGUGCCCGCCAUUUCCUUUAGCUCCCACGCAAUUGCCGGCUCUGCUGUAGCCGCGUCGGUGGCGGACCAUUUGGCGUCGGUGGCGCACACCGUUCUCGACCUUGCCGCGAAGACGGUGACAGCGGUUGUCAGAAGUAUCAAACGCAGGUAGAUUUCGCACGCUGUAGUAUAGAGGGCAAACGAGUGAUCUUCCCGGCCGUUGCCGACCCCAAAGAAAAAUCGAUCAUACCGUCAAGAUUCGCGUUUUUUUUUCUGCGUGUUUCAAAGUGUGGCCGCGUUCAGACAAAUCUCGUGUGAGGCAGAGCAUUAUGGUAGGCGCAGAAGGUAGUCCCCCCCGCUGCCCUUGCCCGCGUUGGGCCGUGGCCUGCCUUGUGGUUUAUUCUGUGUCCCUAUCUUCGGCGCCAGCGGGUUGCGCCGAUUCAUUGCCGCGCCCGCGUCUCGGCAGCCGCUGCGGUGCCCGAGAGAACUUUGCGCACGCAUGGGCAUGCGCCCACGCUUGGGGCGCACGGUAUGGCGCGCCCGCUUGGAGGCCUUUGGCCAUCUGGCGCCACACAGGGGGUGUGGCCCGCCGGCACAGCGCGGGCGGGUUUCGUGGUGCUUCUGGGGAAAAUAAUGCCCCGACGCCCAGGCCUUUGCGCGCCCCCAAGCAAGCUAGCCGACCCGUCCAUGUCCACCCACGGAGCCUGCUUCUGCUUGUUCUUCGUCUUAUUCCCAGCCCCUCGCCCCCCGGCAGGCCCUCUGUGCGUGGGGGGGUGGCGCCGCAUCGUGGCCCGCCCGCCUGCUUGCGCUUUUCAGAACCGCAGGGCGUGGCGUUUUGGACCGUUAGCAAGAAAGUAGGAGGUGGGUGCCCCAAAACCACCCGGCGCCGCACCCGAGUCCGCUUGUUAGUUUUCUUGGGAUUCAUUCUUUCGCAGCCCUGGCCGAUGCCUUUGCGAUCCAACCAUCCGUCCUCCAGUCGCGAAGUUGCCAAGAAACCCGCCGGCGCCCCACCUGCGUGCUCCGCGUCUUGGCCUCGGCUUUGGGGGCCGAGGACAAGGCCGCCGGCCCGACGCGCGGGCGGGCGCCCUAUAAGUAUCCACCAGGCGCCGCGCCCGUUGAGUGAGCCCCCCUAGAGGCCUACCUCCUGUGAUUUUUCGAUCGCAGCCCGGGCCGUUGCGUUUGCGGCCGGCAACGGGGACAGAUGGGUGCCAAAAAAUCACCCGGCGCCCCACCUAUGUCCGCUUUUUCUGUUGCGGCUUUUUUUAGGCUUUUUUGCAGCGGUUGUCAGAAGUAUCAAACGCAGGUAGAUUUCGCACGCUGUAGAGAAGCAGUCUUGCGUUGGAAGUUGUUUGAAGUAGAAAGCAUCAAUGUACUAUGUUUUAGUGAACAAGCUCGCUGCCUUUGUAAUUUGAAAUCGCCAUGAUGGCAAAUUCCUAUGUGAGAGACGAGCCAGAGAUGUAAUAAACGAGUGGACCACGUCCACGUCGACAUGCGGUCUCGUCUGAAAUGUUGCAUAAAGUAUCGUUAGCGCAAGAGGUUGCGUGCUGUGUGUUUUGUAAGCCGAGGCUGUGGCUGCUGGUCAUGAUCACAUUGCGUUGCCCAAUACCUCAGCAGCCUCUGUUUUUGUGUGUUUUCGCUCCUAUGGAGCGACUGGAAGAAGAUCUAGGGGGAUUUGUAUGUUUUCUUUCGUGGUCUACGUCUACUCGCAGGACGAUGCAUUUUUAUUUGUGUAAAGCCGUACACUUAUCAGGAUUUUUGGUGAGGCGAAACUGCUUGCCUUUGAUACCAAACGCGGCCAUGGCACUCGGCGUAAAAUCGGCACAGGGCCACCUGGAUGAAAUAUGCAUUGCAAAUAUUUCUGGGUGUCGUGGAAGAAUGCAAGUUUAUCCUGGUUGGCCGACAAGACAGACAUUCAACUACGCCCAUUGACAAACCAGAAUCUCAACUACGCCCAUUUGUCUCAACUAUGAGACAAAAUGCUCUAACGUUGACCGCGGCAUCUCAACUUCAGCACCGUUUAGUUUUAGGGCUCAGGGUCUAGGGUUUGGGGUUUGUGGUCCUGCUCGCCGGCCAGGGAACCCGCCGCCGGCCGGCCGCCGACGACCCUGGCCGACGAGUCUUCCCUCUGCUUGUGUUGGGUUCUUUCGCGCCCGCGCCCCUGCGCGUGUGUGUGUUACCGCGUUCUUGCGCCUCUUGUGUGUCACCGCCCGCCCUCGCCUUGCAUCAAUGGUGGCGGGCUUACCUCUCCGCCACUGCCAACGACCGUUGUUUGAGGUCGCCGGGCGAUCGUUGAGACGAUUUCCCGUCGGCCUCAAGAACGUUGAGACAAGAACGCUGAGACCCUGGUAUGUCAAUCCAUUUCUUUCUUGUUUGUUGCGCUCCUACAGUGCUUCUCGCUUGUCAUGCAGUUCACGCUAGACAUAGCUGCACAGAAAUUUGUCAUGCGUGGCCCGCCUCUAGCACAGGCUUCAUAUCAUUCGAGCACUUUUGGCAUCACAACUUUCUAGACCCAAGAAACAUAUUUGCAAUGCAUACCUAUCGCGGCCACGGAGUUUGGACGGGUGUCCACAAACCACGGAGUAUAGAAAGCGGAUCGCCGUGUACAAGGACGAUACUAUCCCACGGAGAAAGAAAGGCAGGUGUAGGCCAGACUUAUUUCUUGUACUGGAAAAAUGUCAUAUUAAUAUUCUUCCAUUGCAGAUAAUAGGUAGAUUUAGAUACACAGUGUUGCUGUUGGUCAUGUGAUCCAAACCCUACCGCCGCGCACGCCUGAAGCUUCUACGGGAUCCCGAUGCGCCCGCUGCUCCCCACAAACGCAAAAGGUGUCUUCACGUUUUCGCGCUCUGAAAUUCAGGACCAAGAUCCUGAGUGAAGAUUUCAUCCAGACCCGAGAACCUGCAUGAAAAUUUCACUCAGGUCCCGCGCCCUGAGUGAAAACCCAGCCCAGGGGCUGUGGAGUGUGGCUUACUCCUUCUCCCACUGUGUAGCUGUGCAGUUUGGUGAUACGAAGGGGUCUGUGUUGCUGUCGUGUCAAAGAUUGCGAGAAGGAGUGAACUGCCGGGCGCUUUGUUCUGCCGGCGCGCUCUGGUCCCACUGCGCUCUGCUCAUCUUUGCACCCCCCCCCACGUUAUGUGCAGACGUUCGGCAUUUUUGCAUUUACCUUUCCCUGCCGGCGGCUGGCGCCGCGGGGCUCAAUUCCUAGCUUAAAUCUAGACGCGCGUCAAAAAUGUGUUGUCUUUUGCAUUCGCUCCGCCACGCUCUUUGGCGUUGCGGCUCUUGUCGCUUUCAGCACCCUCCCAGACACUCUUCCAUGUACUGAUGAUGAUGAUGAAGGGGCGCGAACAGCGUGUCCUCUUCACCUAGCUUCUUUGCUGUCAGGCCCUGAGGAUCCUGAAAGAAAAUUCCAUCCAGAUCCCCAGUUCUGAGUGGAAAUUUCAUCCGGGAACCCGCCCUGAAUCAAAUCCACCAGCAGCGAAGCGGGGAGUAGUCCCCGCAAUGUUGUAGGGAUCUUAAUGACCCAAGACUCCGCAAGAGGCCCAGACGAUGGAACGACGAAGGAAAAGAUGAGGGAAGAAGGCGACGGCGGUGAACCUUGAAGAGCGAAUCUGCACAGGAGCCAACGCAGCCCGAGGUCUUCGCCCUGUCUGCUGAGCGACUGAGCUGGUCCGGCAGCCUUCUGAGGUAGAAAGAGGCCGGAGCCACUCAGCGCGGCAGGUUUGUCCGGAGUCCAGCCAGUGCAUUUUCCAAAAGGCACGCCAUGGGCUCGGGCGUGACAGAUUUUCGCUUUUCGGGUGGAUUAAGGAUUUUUGCAUUAUAAAGAAAAAUGCGCCCUGCCUGUCUUUUUCUUUGGGAUAGAGACUCCAGUUUACGUUAUUGAAGCAGACAACGACAAAAUGAGCCAAGGGCGGAUCGGGUUUUUCAUUUUUGGCUUGCCUGAAACUGCGUCGGGAGAACAACUGGAUGGCGUUAUUGUUGACCACAUGCACGUUCUGACGCCUUGCGAGAAGAAAAACCUGCACGACGGCAAAGAACGAAACGCGGGAGACUGUCGCCUUCCGCCUUUCAUGGUGCCUGCUUGGUAUGCGGUGAAGGGGUUCAAGGGAGCAGAGUUCGCGAUGAUGAGCCGGGAAGUCUGGUCGCUGUACGAGAUCACGACGCGGGAGGUCGUGCACGCUCCUACACAUGGGGCGGAGUAUGAUGAAGGCUAUGCUAUCCUCACUUCGCAGACAAACCAAAGCAAGAAAAAAAUUGAGCAGGAAAUUGCAGCCACACCCAGUUACAUUCUCGAAGGAAGGACGGAUGGAGCGCUGGUUCGUUUCGUGUCACCACGCACGCCCGCUGACCAAGGCACGGAGGAGGAAAAUCUACCGGGCAGGCCAUACGCCAAUCUUCUAGUUGACGCAGGUCUGCAUGAUGCAGAAAUCCGGGAUCGAGUGUCAACCCAACAAGAGCAGGUAGAGAAAAGCUAUCAUGAUCGAAAGUCACCCCAUUCGCUCCAUGCUCAAGAGGUAUUUUUGAAUAGUUCGUAAGGAGAGCGCAGAGUGCCACCGAGGCAAACACGUCGCGGAAAUAUACGACAGAACAAAUGACUAUGACAUCAGGAAUGGUUUUGGUGGCAACAGUCACAGCAAAUUACGCUUUGAAGCUAACGUUGCAGCUUGAAGAUGACAUCAGGACAAGGAUGAGCAUGCAUGUCUGUUGCUGCCUUUUUUCCCAACACAUAAUUCUCUGCUGUGGUUUCCUCUGCUCUCGCAAUUUUUAGAGUUAGCGCACUCGCACAACUACAGUAGGCCACGCGACUUGGCUGUGGUGCGGUAGGGGCAUUUUCAAUUUUCAGAAAGCCAUCCGGCUAGACGACCUGUCCACUGACGAUAAUAUCGUUGCAGUGAUUCAAGGGCGGGACUACAAGGGGGUGUCCCCCCGGCAGAAGGCAGGAGAACCUGAUGGCGCCGUAUCCUGACUAAAAAUGCCUCCAUCUCCCCAGAUUUGUCAUGCAAAUCUGAGUGCUCAUGAUGUUCCUCAUGGGGCUCUUCCUGAGCGGGAUGUGUUUUUGUAACCGUACUUGAAAGUCGCUAAAUCAGGACAACAGAGUGGAUUUGUGAUGCGCCAGAGACUGUAAUUGGGCACGAUCAUGCUGCACCUGCGCAGCCAAAUUUUUUUAACUCACUCCUGUAGCACCAGCACAGGUUGUUUAUAUCAUGCAUGGGUCCCAAAAGUCCUGGGUGUGUCUUGCAGAAUUCCCUUUGGGGGGUGCGCGGACGUUUUUACCGAGGAAACCCUGCCCCCCAAGUGCCCGCCCCGGAACAAACGAACAACCCAGGACUCGUGGUAAGAACGAAGGUUCAGGACAAAGAGACCGGCAGAAGCUUUGAAAUUGAGAAAGCGACGCUAGAAAAACAUACCAUGGCCUCACUCUUUUUGGCAACGGUUUGGGACAGGACGAACAGGCGAAAGUGGCUCCCCUGGAUCAGGAAGUUUUUCCAAAAGGUUGUGGCAAGAAUGGAGGCACUUCCAAAGAAUUACAAGCACAAGUGUGCGCGGGACAAUGAAAAAACUUUGGGCCUCCGGAAACAAAAAGCGGUGCGUAUCAUGUGGACAACCCUUUUCUCACCGCGAUUGCAGGACGAAGGUGCUUUCCCUUAUUCCGCUUGCAGGACGAGAGUCCUCCGAAGAAGUGCUGUGAUUUUUAUCAGCUUCUGCAGUGAGUCUGUAUCUGGCUUCGUUGAAUAUAAUUGCAGCUGCAUGAUCUCACUCUGCAUGAAACAGUACGAGCACCCAGAAGAGUUUAAGUUUUCGCCGCGGUGUGAGAAAAAGUUUCCAUCUGACACUGACAGCGGGUGCACCGGCUGCACAAGCGGUACUCGAGGAACUGGCAAAGGGAGCACACGGCGUAUCACAGCGAAGAUUUAGUCCCGUUGCCCCUGUUCCUGAUGAGCUCCAGUGGCAAAUAAGCGAAAAUCCAAAUGCAUUCUAAAUCUAAGCAUAUUAAUCUUUUGACUCGGGUUCCAGGGUGUCCGUUUUGUGAAACCCGAGCUAUGUACGUCCAAGUUUUGCAAAGCUGCAACCACAAAAAUGUUGCAAGACUGCAAUCAAAGUCGUAGUUCUUCAAAAGAGUAUAUAUUAUUUUUCGAUCUGCUGUACCAGUACGAGAUGAACUCUGUGGCCACAGCCAGCCUGUCUUCACUCGAGGCCCUCAACGUCUCAAGCUGUUGGGCGUUUCUCCUCUGUGUAGUGUGAACCAGUGACAGGGAACAAUCGGGGGGAAUUUCAUGAUCGUGAUAAGAAGAGACUGAAACACCUGCCAACAAGGCCGCCAAUCCGUUUGUGAGCGCGGCUUGGCCUCUGGGCCCCGCACUGGGAGCAGGACAGGCGGACCUCCGGGCCACGGACGGCGGACCGAAACGGCGGAAACCGACAUCGCCCACCGCCAAGCGCUCCCGCCCGCCGGCGCCGGGGCGCCAGUGGAUGAGAGCCGACAAGCCGCCGGGGUUAGCAAGCUCCUUCAUCGUUGAGUCGGACGGAGACAUGAUCGCGGAAACGCUAUCAACUGCAAAUGUGUCUCGGUCUGGAAGGGUGUAAACCUGCCAUGCAGGCUUUCCAUGGCCCAUGAGGUCUGGAAUGCUGGGCCUAGCGUGAUAGAGUCUGUGAGGUCUCUGUCAUGCCUCUCCUGCAGGAGCGACUCCCUUCCAACUUGGUCGAAAGUGGACAGCUUUUGGCACUCAUGCAACUGCAACACAGAUUUUUGCAUGAUUCGGAUUUAGCAUGACAAGUUACAAUCUUCUCGACCCACACACUUUUGCAAUCCAUAAACGCGGAACCUCGAAACCAGCACUCCUCCCGGCCUUCCCGAAGGGGACACGACCGAAAAACUUGCAGCGGGUGAUGACGGUGGCGAAGGACGUACGAUCGCCGGCGUGGAGCUUUUGCCACGGGAUGUUGAGAAGCCGCCUGACUUUCUGGAACGCGGCGCGAAUCAACAAGCGGAGGAAGAGAAGGACCUUGUCGGCGCGAACGACGUGAACAAAAAUCGUUUUGGCGACCCGCCCGACGCGAGCGCGCCUCCCCCGGCUCCCGCUGCCCCGCCGCCUGUCGUCGUGCCGUCUCGCCCGCGGAGUUUUCUGCAGCGGCGGACCACUGCUCCGGUCGUCGUUCCGCCGACGGAGCCCGUCGUCGUGGUGCCGUCGCCGUCUUUAUGAAAUUGAAAAAUGCCCCCGCUUGUGGUCGUGAACUGCAGCGUAGUUUGUGUAGUUUCUGAUGCAUUUCAGUUUGGUAAAAGCGAAUGCGAAACUCUUGAUGCUGCUUGUGCAGGAAAGCACGAUGACUCUUGUCGGUCCAGAACCGCAUUCCGCUGGUGGCAACACAGAGUUGUGUUAGCCUGCAUCAAGAAAAUGCUUUAGUGGCACGAACGACAUCAGAAAUGUUUGUGUUUCUAUCAGCGAGAUCGAUGAGGAACUGUAAUGCAAGUGCUACUGCUUCGAAGAUAAGAAGUAGUUCUGCGAUGCAGGCGGCGCUUUCCAAGAGGAUACUCUCCAAGCUUUCUGCAGCGCCGCACGCUGGAGCCGGACGAGAAAAACAACCCGGCGGGCGACGAAAACAAACUGGCGGGAGAUGGUAUUAAUUUUUAUCAAUGCUGUGUUAUUGUUUCUCUUUGUUCCUUUACCUUUACCUUUGCCGCCAUCACCCUUUGCAACUUACGUUGAGAAUGAUUGCAUCUUGCCCCCCUCAAGUACCAGCCAUUGCAAAUCUAUUUUCGUUUUGGUGGUGUCGCCAUUUGGGCUAUUUUGCAAGGAAGAAGAGAUCGAAACAUAACCUACUUACUCGCAGACCGCGCCGACAGGGCGGGUCAGGCGGCGAAAACCCACCCGGCGGGCGAGGGAAAAAAACCGGCGGGAGACGGAGAUGAUGGUAUUGAUUUUAUUCUCAUUGCUUUGUUUCUCUUUUUGUUUUUCUUUUUCCUUUGCCCUCGCCUUUUGCAAAUUGCGAUGAGAGUGAUUGUUUCUUGUCGUUGCCCUUGCCAGCAAUUGAAAAUAAUCUAUUGACUUUUCGUUUAAUGUUCUUGUCGACAUGAUUUGACCCUUUUGCAAGGAAGAAGAGACCGAAAAAACCACCCCUUUUUUUUGUGCAGACCGCGCCGACGGGGCGAAUCAGUCGGUGUUGGACGCCGCGAAGGGGACCGGCGGUGGGCGCGCGGGCGAGGACGAGAGUGAGGCCGCCUAAGUAGUGGUGGUGCAAGUUAUUUCUUGCUGCUUUCAGUCUGGUGCAAUGCAUCUUCUACAAUAAGUACAUUUUACUGCGAUUUGACUUAUUUUCCAUGCUUUUAUUCCAUUUAUCACCAACACCGUUGCGCAUUUUGGUGCUGACGAGUUUAUUUUAUGAUUUGAAUUUCAAUUUGUUUCUUUUACUAGCAUGCAUUGUCUGAAGAUAUUCAACUUCAAGGGUUUCUCAAGGCGCACGAAGCAACCAGUGCAAUUGAUGUUUCGUAAUGCAUUUUGACGGGCAGUUAUGGUUUUCUGUUUCUGUUCGUGGAAGGUUACAUCAAAAUUAUUCCAUGUUGAAGUUCGUGCAAGUUUUUAUUUCAUCUUCACUACGAAUUUAUGUUUUCAAUUUCAUACAGCAGGCUCUAGUGUCAACACAGGGCACACGCACCAAUACAAAAAGGGGGCGGGUAAGAAGGCUCCUUAUUUCACGACUAAAAUUAUUGUUGCAGGAACCAUGACAAGUUCAAGAUCAAGUAUAGAUACACAUACAAAAUCGCUCAAGUGAAAGAUUCAAAUUCCAGCUUCAUAUAGCAGUACUUACGGACUUGAAUCCAUCUUCCAAAUUUGUUUCGACGCAGCAAGGCGUGCUUGCUCCUGCAUCCUAUUGUUUACAACUUUUUCAGCUUUUACCAAUG